CGUUGUCGGGAAGCUGCCCGGGUCGGUUGGUAAUGCAUGUGCGCUUGUCUGAUGUCAUCCCGGUGAACCAGUUUGACAACUCGGUAAGUCCGCUCUUGUGGGAGCCGGCAGAAGACUCACCACGGCCAAGGCACAGAGGGAAAGACUGAAAACUCCUGUCAGCUGCUGCAGAAGCUUUGUGGUGCCAUAAUGAAGAAAGUUGUGGAAGUUUUCCUGCUGUUCUUGCUGCUAGUCUUCACGCCACAUGCAAAGGGAACCGGCAACAGCCCGCCAGGGAAGCCCACACUGAACAGAUGUCGUUCCCCUGAAAAAGAGACCUUCACCUGCUGGUGGGAGCCAGGCUCUGAUGGGGGACUGCCCACCACCUUCGCCCUGUAUUAUCGCAAAGAAACCUCUGAGACGGUGUACGAGUGUCCCGACUACCACACAGCUGGAAAGAACUCCUGCUUCUUUAACAAGAACGACACGUCCAUCUGGGUUAACUACAACAUCACUGUGGUGGCCACCAACGCACUGGGCAGCACCUUCUCCGACCCUGUGGACAUAGAUGUGGUUUACAUUGUCAAGCCUAAUCCUCCAGAGAGGGUAACAGUGAUUGUAUUGGAGGACAAGAGCUGGCCCUUCCUCCGUGUGUCAUGGGAACCACCACAUAAGGCUGACACCCGCUCCGGUUGGAUCACUCUCGUCUACCAGAUCCGUGUCAAGUUGGAGCAGGAAAAGGACUGGGAGACGCACCAUGCCGGCCAGCAGAAGAUGUUUAAUGUUUUCAGCCUGAGGUCAGGUGGUACAUACCUUGUUCAGGUGCGCUGCAAGCCCGAUCAUGGCUUUUGGAGUGAAUGGAGUUCCACUUCCUACGUCAAAGUUCCUGACUAUUUCCAUCGUGAGAAGUCAGUGUGGAUCCUUAUUAUGGUCUUUUCUGCCUUCAUCUUCCUCAUCCUCACAUGGUUGCUACACAUGAACAGCCACAGUUUGAAGCAUUGCAUUCUGCCACCAGUCCCUGGUCCUAAAAUCAAAGGAUUUGAUAACCAGCUUCUUAAGAAUGGCAAGUCUGAGGAGCUCUUCAGUGCACUGGUGGUGUCUGAUUUCCCCCCAACCACGUCAUAUAACUAUGAGGACUUGCUGGUGGAGUAUUUAGAGGUGAAUGUUCCCGAAGAGCAGGAGCUGAUGCUGGAGGAAAACAAGGAUCUACAUGAUGGUUGCCUCAAAUCUGAGUGCUCCACAUCUGACAGUGACUCUGGCCGGGGCAGCUGUGACAGCCACACUCUGCUUAUGGAUAAGUGUGGAGAGGCAAAAGAGGAAGAGAGGCAAACAGAUCAGGAAAGAAUGGGGACAGAGGCAGAAGACAUGGUUAGCCCUGACAUGUCCAGUGGGAGGGUGAAGACGUGGCCUUCUGUGUUUUCUCCGCUGCCCCAGUACAGCUCAAACACACUGGACGAACAGAGCUCACUUGAGAUGGCCAAACAGCACUACCUCUCCGACAGCCAGUUCCUCCCAAGCUCCACAUCCUCCUACCUCACCCAGCCUGGUCACGGCACCAAGGAGGCUCUCGGGCCGAGCUACUGGGAGUUCUGUUUGAGCAACAAGCAGCCUCAUCUGCUCCAUCCCCAGACACAGGCCCGCCAGCAACUCCAGGCCCACAGUGAUGUCGACAUAUCCAGCAUCGGCCGCAAACAGGCACCUGCUGGUCUGCAGUCGCCCCUUCUCCGGCCCACUGAGUACGUGGAAGUCCAGAGGGUCAAUGAGGAGGAUAUGGUGCAUCUCCAGCCCGUUGUGUCAGGCUGUGGCCAAAACAAUUGCAGUCCCCAGAUGCCGCAGGGGGAGGACUACAGCAAGGUGAAGGGGGUGGACAGUGACAAUGUGCUGCUGCUUCAGAGAAAUAUGAUGGAAGAAGACAGGUGUCCUUGUGAGCACCAGGAGACGAACGGAGUGAAAGAAAACUGCUACACGUCGUCCACAGUUACCACUACACAGAAGCCUACAGCCAUGCCGGUACAGGAUGAAAUGGUCCUGGGAAUGAAUGGUUAUGUUGACACUGCCACCAUGUGCAUACUGCCCACUUACUAGGUGACCCAUAGGCACAACUGGAAGGUCUGGGACAUUGCAAGGCCUGUUUUAGGCAAAGACUGGGACAAAAAAACACUAACACUGGGUGACUACAUUAAAAAUAGUUGCAAAGACUUUAUUUUUUGCUGUUACAGAAUUACCAUUAGCCUAUUUGUUUUUCAUUUCAUUUCAUUAUGUAAGAUAUCUGUUCGCUGCAGUGAAAAUCCAAAACAAUUUGAUUGAGUGAUCUGAUGAAUAAUCUUCAAUCAACUUUAUACAAAAUAUUAUUGGUUGUAUAAAUGGUACUUUAUGCUGUCAUUGAUCACAAAUCUUUUUCUCUGUCAUCAACUUUUAUAUUGAAAUAUACUGAUGUAUACUGGUGUAACAUCAUCUGUUAAAAUUAUGAAUCCAUUUUUAUAUGUCCGUAUUUUCUCUGCUCCCUGUAGAACACUACGUCUUAAAGCCAUAAGUGCAGGAAGCCCCUCCUGCUGGCCAGUGUGAAACAAUCACUCGAUUUUACCUUUUUAAAUAAAUAGAAAAUCAUGAAUAAAUCAUCAUUAUUAUUAUUAUCUUGGCAGUUUCUGUUCAGGUGCUUGUGGAUGCACAAUUCUGCUGUGAUCCCAGUAUGAAAAUCGGAUAAACAUAUGUAUGAUUUCCUUAGUAUUCUGAUAUGACUGCUUGCCUUCACCUCUGCUAAAUGAUUAGAGGAGCCGCUAAACACAACGCGCCAAAACAAAUGAAUGAUGCAGAAAGUAACCUGAAAUAAUAAAUGUCUUCACUUUAAACCAACUAAAAAUAGGCUCUAUGGGGAAAGGGGAUAAAAGGACAGAGAAUUAAGUAGGCGGAGUGAGACUGCAUGUUUUUGUACAUCCCAAGGAUGCACAAACAACUCGGCUGUACAAAGUACUGGCAGGGGCUCAAUCAGAGGAAAGAUAGAAUAUAGAUAGAGAGAAAUUUUCAUUCAGAGAUUGUUUUAUGUAUAUCAAUUUAUUUGUAUAGACAUAUCUUAAUUACUGCUUUGAUUGGUUAAGUGGUAAACUAAAGAUUUUAAAGUUAUUUCUACGAAGAGUUAUGUUUUGGGAUGGGAAAAUAGGUGAACCAUGACAACACUAUUUAAGUGACUGUCUCUGUUGUUUAACAGUGAUAAAUUGCUGUGUUUUGCCAUUUCUUUUGUUUUGCAUGCAUGUGUACCUAUGUAUAGCUUCAUAAACAAUCAGCCGUCCAUAUACAAAAUGAAAUUUGAAACAGCAAUCAAAUCUAAAAAAUAAUGCUUAUAAUAAAUUCAUAAUAUACAGUAA